CUGAAAUCGGCCCUAUUUAUCGUGCCGUAAGAAAUUCAAGAGCAUUGGCGAGCUGCAUCUGCUCGCAACCCUAUCAUCAUGGGUGUUCCAAAGUUCUUCAGAUGGCUCUCUGAGCGUUACCCUGCCAUCUCUCAGCUGAUCGCAGAGAACCGUAUUCCCGAGUUCGAUGCCCUCUAUCUCGACAUGAACGGAAUCAUCCACAAUUGCACCCACAAAGACUCAGAUGACACCCAGUUCCGUCUGAGCGAGGAGGAGAUGUUCAUUCGCAUAUUCAACUACAUCGAACACUUAUUUGGCAAGAUCAAACCAAAGCAGCUGUUCUUCAUGGCCGUCGAUGGUGUCGCGCCGCGCGCCAAGAUGAACCAGCAGCGCGCAAGACGAUUCAGGACCGCCUUAGAUGCCGAGCAGGCAAGAGAGAAGGCGAUACGGGAGGGGCAGGAAUUGCCCAAGGAGGAACCGUUCGACAGUAAUUGUAUCACGCCAGGUACCGAGUUCAUGGCAAAGCUGUCGAGGCAGCUGAGAUAUUUCAUCAACAAGAAGGUGACAGAAGACAAGGAGUGGCAAGGCUGCGAGAUUGUCCUCUCGGGCCAUGAAGUUCCGGGUGAGGGUGAACACAAGAUUAUGGAGUAUAUCCGCAACGCAAGGGCACAGCCGAAUUACCAUCCCAACAUGCGGCAUUGCCUGUACGGUCUGGAUGCGGAUCUGAUCAUGCUGGGCUUGCUCAGUCACGACCCGCAUUUUUGCCUACUCCGCGAAGAGGUCACCUUCGGCCGCCAGUCUAAGGUGCAGUCUAAGGAAUUAGAGCAUCAAAACUUCUACCUCAUGCAUCUAUGCAUCGUCAGGGAGUAUCUGGAACUGGAAUUCCAGGAUCUGAAGGAAACCGGUGCAACCGCCUUGGGUUUCCCGACAUACAAGAAAGUCCUGCCCAAGUGCGACGGCUACAUCAACGAGGGCGGUGUCAUGAAUCUGAAGCGUCUUGGUUUCUUGCUGGAGGAGCUCAGCAAGGAGGAGUACCGCUUCUUCGAACACGAGGCCGAGGAUCAGAAAUGGUUCCGGGCUAAGCGCUCUGCCGAGAACGGAAAGGCGGCCCCGAAGCCCAAGGGCAAGCUGAUUGUGACAUCAGCACAGAAGACGCUGUGGAAGCAGAGCAUCAAGCCGUUUCUGACCAAGCGGUCUACUCAAACACUCGAUCUCGGGGCCAGCCUUAACGCUGCUGAUCGGAAGUUCGUCCAGGAUCUCGCGGACAGCGCAAACCUAAGCUGGUCCACCGAUUCAGACGACGAUGGUGCGCGUCACCUCGUGCUCUCCUUCCCGCCAAAGCCAGAAAUGGACGGCGAGGAGGAAGGGGAGGAGGAGGCGGAGGAAGAGGAAGAGGACGAGUCCCAGCUCGCCAUUAAUCGCCUUGUGAAGAAAUACGAUAAUGCCGAAGUACAAGACGUCUCGGCAGAAGAGGCUCAGGCCCAAUACGAGAACAUCUUCGACCUGCCUCCCAUAGAAGGCCUGAGCAACAGGCAGGGCUUGAUGGACGGCGCACUGCUCAACGUCUCCGCUCUCGCUGGCUUCCCCAGCUUGGCCACACUGCCAUACAACGCAACUCUUGGCUUUCAUGGAGUUAAUGUCUUCCAGUCGGAUAGUCGGAACGAGAGCAUGGUGGUCACACUCGUUGACUCGACGACGCGGACCAACGUGGAAAAUGCCAAAGCCAAGCUUGGCAAGCGAUGCUUCGUGGGAUACCCGUUCCUCCAGGAGGCGAAGAUCGUUCGCGUGUCGGACGAGCUCUUUGACUACAUCCUGGCUGAGGACGGAUCCGGACAAGUUGUGCUGAAGGACCACUCCAACAAGGACAUUGAUGAUUAUAACAAGAACGCCAGAUACUGGGAGGAUUUCUACAGCAAGCGCCUGGGCAUCUUGAUUGGCGACGUAGAGUCUAUGGUGCACGUCGAGAUGCUCAAGGGCUUGAUCAAGACCGACGAGGGUGCCACAAUCAAGGAAUAUGGCUUGAUCCCAGGCAUGAGAGAUUUCUACGCCUCCCAGACUAUUGUUGACGAGGUGGUCAACGAGGAUGAGCGCUUCCUAGAGAGGGCCGCACUUCCUCUUGAGGAGGAGUUCCCCGUCAACACGCGUGCUUUCCACCUGGGAGACUUCAACUACGGCAGGCCGUUGGCUGUCACCGGCUACAAUGGCGCCAAGCUAGAAGUCACAAUAUCCGCGAUGAACAACAAGGAGCCGGAGUUUGCGAAGCAAGUCGUCUUCAAGCAUGAACGAGAGAACAGAUACGUCCCAUCGUUCCAGGUCUCCAGAGACUUGGGCCUCCACCCGCUUGCCUUCAGCAAGAUCACCUCGUCAUACCAGGUUAUUGGAGUCGGCGGGCUCAAGGUCAACUUGGGUCUCAAUCUCAAGUUUGAGUCAAGGAAGAUGAAGGUACUGGGCUUUUCGAGAAAGUCUGACUCCGGCUGGGAAUACAGCCGCAAGGCCAUCCAGCUGGUUGCUGAAUACAUGCAGAAGUUCCCAGACUUCUUCGCCGGUCUGCAGAAGAACGUGCAGAAGAGGGACGUCGCAGCUACCGAUCUCUGGGCGGACGAGAAGACGGCAACAGCCAGGGUCAAGGAGAUGGCUCAAUAUCUGAAGUCCGUGGGCACCAACAACUUCCCGAAAGUGCCCCUGGAGGCGGAGCAGCUCGACUCCAACGUCGUGAUGGAGCUCGCGCAGGCUGCUGAAGGCGCCCUUGCCGCAGCCCAGGAGACAACGCCCAAGAACAUCAAGAGCGUGCCACGCAGCGCCCUGUUGAAGCCUAGCGACGCAGAGCACAGACUCGGUGGUCAAGGGUUCCGCCUGGGCGACCGGGUCGUCUACGUCCAGGACAUCGGCAAGGUGCCCAUCGCCUCGCGCGGCACAGUGGUUGGCAUCAGUCGUGCAGGCAGCAACAAGAUCCUCGAUGUUCUAUUUGACAUUACCUUCAUGAGUGGCAACACGCUUGACGGCCGCUGUCCCGCGUUCCGCGGUCAGACUGUCCCUGCGACGUCUGUGCUUAACCUCACCGACCGACAGGUCGUUGUUGGGUCCAAGGCUCAGAUGGCGAGGGCACCACACCCAUCACUCACCACCCUCGUCGCGAGUGGUGGCUAUGGUGCGCCUGGUGCGUCCGGACGUGCCUAUCACGAUGCUCCCAUCCCACCACCACUUAGUGGGUCGUGGCGUGGCGCGCUCAACGGCCAGCGAGGACGAGGUGGUCAUGAUGGUGCCCAGCGUGGAUCACUCAACAUCCAGCCCAGCAACUUAGUGUACCGCCAUUCACCGAAUCAGACACCUCAGCAGGGGUAUCGCGGCGGACGAGGAGGCUAUCAGAACGGCCAUAGGGGUGGUCGUGGCAACGGUGCUCCUCGCGGCCGAGGCGGUAUGGACGGUGCGGUUAUGACUAAUGGCCAAUCGCAGCAGAACGGUGCACCUGCCCAGUCCUACAACGCCGUUCCACCACCAGCAGGUCUUGACGGCCGUGGCCGAGGCCGCGGUAGGGGUCGCGGAGGACCUCGAGGUCGUGGAAGAGGUGGUCCUGCCCAACAGUCCGCCGCAUAAUUCUGCUCAGUGCGAAAAAGCCCAUUGGCCAACACACAUCUUUGAUGAUGAACUCUUUAGAGGUGCCGCGUCCUUCCUGGCAAGGGCUAAGGGCUGACCGGCAAUUCUAUAGAGUUGCAUCGUGGCGGAGAGAGCAUAGGAUGGCGAAAAUGAUCGGCCUAUGUUGAUGAAUUCUGUGGUUCUUCUUACAUGGAAGAUCACGAAUAUGUUCUCUGCACUACAUGUUCUAGCCGGCCUAGUGCGUGAGGCGGCCUUGCGUUUAUACUAUUUGAAUAUGAACACGUUCGUGUCCUCUCUAGAGAAGGGCCACCGUGCAGUAUAGAUAGGCAUAGUGUAGAGUUAGAGAACUGAAAUUAAUGAGUGUCGAUCGUG